AUUAUUGGUAUGAGUAUUUCAGAGGUAACAUUUGUUAUUUUAGGUACCUAUUACAUUGGUCUGAGAUAUUUUUUAUCUGUAAAUCUCUCUUUUCAUAAUAAAUAUGGACGACGAAGGAAUUCAUCGAUUGGAAGGCAGUUCGACUACUAAAGGUGGUUUGGUUAUCAAAAAAAAACAGACUAGUUCUUUCAAGGUUCCUCUGCCCUCCCUAUUUGGCUUGGAUAAGUUGGCCGCUCAAAAAAGAAAGGAAAGAGAAUUGUCAAGGGUGUCAUUUGAAAUCGAAGAAAAUGAUACCGCCGAUACUGAAACGAGUGAAACUCUGACAACCGACAAAGUCACUCCAGUUGAAAGAGAAAAACGAAAAUAUCGAAACCCUCAGGAGGAAACUCCUACAUAUACAGGAGGUAUCACCAGAGAAGCUAAGGAACGGUAUAAAGAGAGACUAAGUUCCAGUAAGUCCAAAGAGAAAGGUGUAUAUGCCACCACUAAAGACAAAGAGCAUGAGCGCAGAUCACACAAACAUGAUGACUACACAUCUCACAAAAGGAGGAGAGAACACAUUCGAGACAGGCACAGAGAUAAAGAUUACAAGAGAAGUGAGCGUAGUGAUUCAAGAAGAGAAAGAACUCCUAGGUUUGGAGAUGAGCCUAAAACACCAAACAUUCAUCUUAAAGACAAUCCCUCCAGAAGUCCUUGGGAUGAAGAUGAGCCUGCUCCAUCAAAAAAGUCUACAUGGGAUUACCCAACACCAUCUGUAUAUAAACAAAGAAGCAAUGAUUGGUCAUCAGAGAGAAGUUAUAGGUCUAUGUCUUCCAAUUAUAAAAAGUCUGGGAAUCUCUUAGAAGAUGAUACACCAAGACCUACACCCGCUCAUAAAUUCAACGAGUGGAUGAAAGAGAGAAAGAAAACAGGCGCGACACCAAGCACUCGCGACAAAGGCCUGAAAUGGGAUGCCACAGUCGAAAGAGAACACUGGGAAGAAGAGCAGAAGCGUUUGGAUAGGGAAUGGUACAAUUUGGAUGAGGGUUAUGACAAUGAACAGAAUCCGUUUGCGGGUGUUAGCGAGGAAUACACGAAAAAAAAAGAGGAACAGCUCGAACAAAGGAAGAAAAAAAGGAUGUCUGCUCAACAGAGGCAGAUUAACAAAGAUAAUGAACUAUGGGAGAGGAACAGGAUGUUGACGUCAGGUGUCGUACACUCCGUUGACGUGAACGAAGACUUUGAUGAGGAGUCCAUAGACAGGGUACACCUACUUGUUCAUAAUAUAGUACCACCUUUUCUUGAUGGUCGAAUAGUGUUCACUAAACAGCCGGAACCUGUUAUUCCUGUGCGAGACCCGACUUCGGAUAUGGCUUUAGUAGCGAGAAAGGGUUCCCAUUUGGUUAGGGUCUUUAGAGAACAAAAAGAAAGGCGCAAAGCACAGAAAAAACAUUGGGAGUUAGGCGGUACAAAAAUUGGUAAUAUAAUGGGUAUAAAGAAAAAAGUUGAUGAGGAGGACAAGAAAUUUGAUAAGGACAACGACACUACAGAUUAUAAAGCCGAUCAUAAGUUUGCGGAGCAUAUGAAAGAAACAGGAGGGGCGAGCAGUGAUUUUGCAAGAAAAAAAUCGAUCACAGAACAACGAAGGUACCUACCAGCAUUCGCCGUGAGGCAGGAACUUCUAAAUAUUAUUCGGGAAAAUUCAGUCGUCAUUAUUGUUGGUGAAACUGGAAGCGGAAAAACAACACAGUUGACACAGUAUUUACACGAAGAUGGUUAUAGCAAGUACGGUAUGAUAGGAUGUACCCAACCUCGUAGGGUAGCAGCAAUGUCUGUUGCAAAGCGAGUAAGUGACGAAAUGGGAACACAAUUAGGGGACGAAGUCGGCUACGCGAUACGAUUCGAAGAUUGCACCUCUGAAAACACCGUCAUCAAGUACAUGACAGACGGUAUUCUGCUUCGUGAAAGCUUGCGUGAACCAGACCUGGACCACUACAGCGCCGUAAUAAUGGACGAAGCUCACGAACGUUCCUUGAGCACCGACGUACUGUUUGGACUGCUGAGGGAAAUCGUAGCAAGACGCCACGACCUCAAAUUAAUCGUCACCUCGGCCACCAUGGACAGCACCAAAUUCUCCAUGUUCUUCGGCAAUGUUCCUACGUUCACCAUACCCGGAAGGACAUUCCCCGUCGAGGUAUUGUUCAGCAAAAAUCCAGUCGAAGACUACGUUGACGCUGCGGUUAAGCAAGCCCUGCAGAUCCACCUUCAACCCCCUUCGGGGGAUAUUCUGAUUUUCAUGCCUGGACAGGAGGAUAUCGAGGUGACCUGCGAAGUUUUGUCAGAGAGGUUAGGCGAGAUCGAUAAUGCGCCUGAGUUGUCCAUUUUGCCGAUCUACUCACAGCUGCCGUCUGACUUGCAAGCGAAGAUAUUCCAGAAGGCACCGGAAGGAAUUAGGAAGUGUGUGGUUGCCACGAAUAUCGCCGAGACGUCUCUCACGGUGGACGGGAUUAUUUUCGUAAUCGACGCUGGUUACUGUAAGUUGAAGGUUUACAAUCCUAGGAUCGGUAUGGAUGCUCUACAGAUAUACCCAAUCAGUCAAGCGAACGCAAACCAAAGAUCCGGUAGAGCCGGAAGAACAGGGCCUGGCCAGGCAUUCAGACUGUAUACAGAAAGGCAAUAUAAAGAGGAACUUCUUAUUACUACUGUUCCUGAAAUCCAGAGGACUAAUUUAGCGAAUACGGUUCUGUUACUGAAAUCCUUAGGGGUGCAGGAUCUGUUACAGUUUCACUUCAUGGACCCCCCUCCCCAAGACAAUAUCCUGAAUUCUCUAUAUCAGCUGUGGAUUCUUGGAGCCCUCGACCAUACAGGG